CCGACGUUAGCCUGGCGAUAACAAAAGGAUUGAAAGUUGAAAGAUAUAUUAUCAACGGAGGGCAGAGGAAAGGAGGAGAGAACGGAGUAUGCCCUCGGUGAUGGAGCGGUCGGGGAGUAGCGUUCUGUCUAGGAGCAGGGCUAAAACCAAUGGAAACAACCAACACUCGGAGGAGGACAGCAGCGAUGAGGAGCACGCUCACGACAGUAUGAUUCGAGUGGGAGGAGACUACCAGGCACAGAUACCGGAGUUAAACCCAGACACUCCAAGCCGCUACAAUGAGAAGGAGCAGAGGAGUAUGCUGGUGUGGUGCCCCAACAGUCUCAUCUCUGACGCCAUGUUGGAUGAGUAUAUUCUGAUGGCUAAAGAGAAGCAUGGCUACAACAUGGAACAGGCCCUGGGGAUGUUGCUGUGGCAUAAACAUGAUGUGGAGUGUUCCCUUGCUGACCUGGCUAACUUCACUCCCUUUCCCGAGGAGUGGACCGUAGAGGACAAGGUCCUGUUUGAACAGGCCUUCAGCUUCCAUGGCAAGAGCUUCCAUCGUAUACAACAGAUGCUGCCUGAUAAGCUGGUCUCAGGCCUGGUCCGGUACUACUACAGCUGGAAAAAGACCAGGACCAGAACCAGUGUUAUGGACCGACAGGCUAGAAGACUGGUCAGAAAGACAGACAAGGAAGAUGGUAAUGAUGAGAUAGAGGGCGACCCGGGCAGCGACAGCGACUUUGAGAUCGACGCCAAAAAAGAGACAGUGAAGCAGCACAGCUCCAGUGGUUCUGGAGGAGAGAGGGGACCGCCAGGCCGGUCGAACCAACAGAGGAAAGAGUCUGUUGGGGCUCAGUACCGCCACCACCCCCUGAGAGCUCGUCGGAGACCACCUAAAGGCAUGCAUCUGAACCCCGAGGACAUCAUGGCUGUGUCAGCCAAUCACCACCAUGGCUCUGGCAGACAGCUAGACACACACCUGGUGUCACUCAAGAGACGGGUCCAGAGUAUUAAGCAGAACAACAGUAGUAUGAAACACUGUCUAGACGAGGGCAUCGACAGCCUGCGUCCUACAGGGCCAGCUCCCAAGAUGAACUCUCGUUGGUCCACUGAGGAACAGCUGCUAGCGGUGCAGGCUAUCCGUCGCUAUGGUAAGGACUUUGCGGUGGUUGCCGAGGUAAUCGGUAACAAAACUCUGGCCCAGGUGAGCUCCUUCUUCGUUAGUUACCGACGGCGAUUCAAUCUGGACGAGGUCGUCAAGGAGUGGCAGGCGGAACAAGACGUAGCCUCCACACAGGGGCCUUGUGGGAGUCGUAGUAGAAACGAAGAGAGGGGAGGAGCAGAGGAGGAGGAGGAAGAGAUAAAGCUGGAAGACAUUACUCCCCCUGCGGUGACGCCAACUCCCCUCACCCCCUCAUCCAACAACCACACCCCUCCUCCUUCCCUCUCCCAGCCUCCCCUACUGCGCCCGGCUCCCCCUCUGCCCCCAGCCUUCUCCGGCAGCCCCCCGCUCCAGACCCGACCCCUCCAGACCCACCCCCACAAUCAUCCCCCUCCCCCGUUGAUCCGUCCUGCAGUCGUGGCUCCGGGCCAACAGGGGAGCUCUAGUCUCCGUAGGGAACUAGGAAACAACCUCCGCUCCUCUCCUCCUGCUUGCUCUGGCGCUGGUCAGCCUCCCUCACUGGUAGGGCUCAAAGUAGAGCAAACCAACUCUCACUGACAGAAACGAGGGGACUCUUGUAUAUUUAGGGAGGGGCUCUUGUAUACUCAGAUGGGUAGAUUGUGCUGCUAGUGGGAGUGUUUAUCCAUUAUGAUGGAACAAUAGAAAUCAGAAUGCAGUAGUUAGUUGAGUUCUAAGCCCCACCAGUCUGUUUGGUUCAGAAGCCUCUCGUUAAGUCCCCUCUGUAUCACUCCAUUCAGUUCUGACUCACACUUAUUAACCAACUGCACAACCUGUGAAUAACCAUACUUCCAUCUGAGGCUUGGGUCAUCCAUCCUUCUGUUCCCGCCCCCCUCAGCAGAAAAUAGAAGGACAUGCCCACACAUGCCUCACGGCUGUCUCCAUAGCAACCAGCACAGAUGUAACUGGUUACACACGGCAAUGGUGACCCUGUAUUUCACCCAUCCCUCCUCCCCAAAGAACAGAACUUUCAGAAUACCAAAAUCCUCAAGGAAAAGAUACACUGGAUUGUGGUGAUGGAUGCCAUGACAACAGAACCCCCCCCCCACACACACUGUCUCCAUGGCAACAACAGAAGGAACUCUGGCAAAACACACCCAGGUUCCAGUUCCACACUACAAGGUGCUGAACUAAUGAUUCCACAGGGGAAUCAGGAAGAUGUCCCUCUUCUACCAGAUCCACGUAUUGUUGGUCUUAUGACGGCAGCAUUCUUUUGUUAGGUGAUCUCUAAGUAGGUAGACAUCCCUAUAUAUAGUGCACUACUUUGGAUCGGAGCCCAUUUUGACCAAAUCCCUAUGAGGUCCUGGUCCAAUGUAGUGCACUAUAUAGGGAAUAGGAUGCAUUUGUAAUCCCAAGGCUCCUGCAUUUCUCCAUUCUAAGUAGCAUGCUAGUGUGGAUAUGGAACAGAGACCUGUUUUUGAUUAAAAGCACCAAAAAACAAGUCUCAAAUGGCAGUUCUAUUUAUCUCUGGUUACAGUGGUGCCCUAUGUAGGGGAUAGUACUGUACACACUGUACAAUUCACAGGUGUCGUCUGAGAACAAAAUGUGAAGCUGAAAUACUCGUAGGGUUGGAUGGGCAUUGUGGCAAGGAGCAGUGCAGCUUGGUUGUGUUUUGGAAGAGGAUGCACAGCUCUUGACCUUCGCCUCUCCUGAGUCCGUACGGGAGUUGCAAGUGAUGAGACAAGACUAACUACCAAUUGGGGUGAAAAUACAACCAAAAAAAAAAGUCAUUUCUGAACCUGCAUUUUUAAAUUUCAAAUCGAGCUAUAACGCAGAUAUUUUCGUGAUGCGUCUGGCACCCUAUUCCCUACAUAGUGCACUACUUUUGAGCAGUUAUGGUGCCAUUUGGGACACUUUGUGGCUACAAAUUGACUGUGUUUAGCAACAGGUAAUGUUCAUGAAGUUUGAGACUGGAUUUGCUUGUUAUUGUUUUCAGGAUAUUUUCUUUUGGAAUAAAACAAAAUUACAACCAUAUUGUUUCCACUGAAUUACAUUUGUUAAAUACACACUUUUGUUACUGGCCUAAAUGCAACCAACUUUUUAUUACUUUCCAUAAUUUCUUUUGCACAAAAACAAAUACAUUUGGAGUCAACUCCCCCGUCUCUCCCAACCAAAUACUGGUUAAAAUGUCGGACUCAAAUUACAGCAAAAAAAUGUAAAACAAAAUAAAUCAACACUGAAA